AUGACGGGUCAGAUCCCGAUGAGGGUAUUGACUGGCCCAUUGCCCUGUGAGUUGGCUGGCUGUGGAGUUGGAGAGAAGAGGGCAAAGGUGCUCCCAGACACGGGAGGAGUGGUUGCACAAGUUCUGUUGAUGUUUCUUUUCUCCUCUGCUGAUAACAACAUAGAACUGCAGCAGUUGCUCAACAGGAUUGUGCAGCAGAGGCUGAAGAUGUACCCUGGGUCUGCACGCAUAGACCUCUCUUCUUCCUUCAGAGAUAUGGACAGCACCACAGCUGAAAGUAUUUUAAAUGAAUUCUGUGGGCUACGAUAUAACAGAUCAGCAGCAUUAUCAUCAAGAGUAACUGGAGGAAUGGAUACUUCGUGGUCUAGUGAAUGGCCAUGGCAGGCCAGUCUCCAGCGGAAUAACAUCCAUCGUUGUGGUGCAACAUUGAUCAGUAACACAUGGCUUGUGUCUGCUGCUCAUUGCUUCAGAAACGCAAAAAAUCCACAGAAAUGGACAGUAAGCUUUGGAACCUAUUUAAGGCCUCCUCUAAUGGUAUACCUUGUCAAGACCAUUAUAGUUCAUGAAAAGUACCGUUAUCCAGCCAAUGAGUAUGACAUUGCUGUGGUGAAACUAGCUAAUCGUGUGGAGUUUUCAAGGGCUGUUCAUCGUGUUUGUCUUCCAGACUCAGAUGAGAUUAUUCCAUAUAACAUAGAUGCUGUUGUUACAGGAUGGGGAGCACUUAAUAAUUAUGGUGAAACCCCUAAUAUUCUUCAGGAAGCAACAGUAAAGCUCAUAGACACCAAUGUUUGCAACAGAAGAGAAGUGUAUGAUGGAGUCAUAACACCUGGAAUGCUGUGUGCUGGGUACUUGGAAGGAGGCGUAGAUUCCUGCCAGGGUGACUCCGGUGGCCCAUUGGUUACACCUGAUUCCAGAAGCAUGUGGUAUCUUAUUGGAAUAGUGAGCUGGGGCGAUGAGUGUGCGAAGCCAAAUAAGCCUGGAGUCUACACACGAGUGACUUACUUCCGGAACUGGAUCACUAGAAAAACUGGGCUCUGA